AUGGAAGAUUUGUUAUCAGUAUUUAAACAUUUACAACCAAUUGAUAUUCUCUACUCAUUUAAUAAUCUAAACGCACGUGUUCAACAACUAAUUACACCUUAUUCCUACGAUGUUGAUCUGACAAAUGUAUCAAAAGGCCUCUUUAAUCGCUUUUGUUCUGAAGUUUUACCACUACAUUUGAACAAUAUACGAAGUAUAACAUUCAGAAAUAUAGAACAAUUUGAAGAUAUUAAAUANUUGUUAUCAGUAUUUAAACAUUUACAACCAAUUGAUAUUCUCUACUCAUUUAAUAAUCUAAACGCACGUGUUCAACAACUAAUUACACCUUAUUCCUACGAUGUUGAUCUGACAAAUGUAUCAAAAGGCCUCUUUAAUCGCUUUUGUUCUGAAGUUUUACCACUACAUUUGAACAAUAUACGAAGUAUAACAUUCAGAAAUAUAGAACAAUUUGAAGAUAUUAAAUAUUCUUUGGAUCCAUCCGAUUAUUCUGAUAAAAACAGAACUGAUAUUGCUCAUUCAAAUUUAUAUACUAUUUACCUGGCCGAUAUAACUGUAAACAUUCAUUGUAAAAAUAUGUUACGAGAUUGCAGACAAAUUCUAUCGCACUGGGAUUUAAUAGAACAUAAAACGGAAUAUCAGUUUCAGCGCUAA